CUGAUCUUCGGUAUGGUCCUCCAGACCAGUCAGAGGGCCAACCUGGCUCGAAUCAUGAAGUCGUUUCCAAGCACCGAGUUACUUGACAGUCUCAUCCAGGACUUCUUUGCGCGUCAGAGUGAACAGGUUGAUUCGUGGAUCCACGGACCAACAUUUCACCUAAACGAGGAGAGCCCGGAUAUGGUUGGUAUUGUUGCUGCUGCUGGUGCUGUGAAGUCGCCUAUACCGACUAUUCGGAAGCUGGGCUAUGCGCUCAUGGAGGUCGUCCGAUUGCAGAUGUCUACAAAGGUAUGCCGUUGACCUCACAUAUCUGAAGUAUCCAUGUCUGACAUUGGCUGUAGUAUGAAAACGAUAACACUACGAUCCGGCAUCUGCGAGCCUCGCAAACAUUCGCUUUGGUCAUUGACGUUGGUAUCUGGAGCGGGAGUGGUCGACGGACAGAAAUCGCAGAGAGCUUUCAACAGCCCUUGUUAACGGUGCGUAUUCGUAGGCGUGUUCGUGCACUUUAUUAAUCUGACUGUGUAGAUGCUGCGCCGGGGGCUUCGAUUUCGACGAUCGUUGUACUCUUGCAUUAUACCGGGCCUGGACGAUACACAUGAAGCCCUCGAGCGAAAGUGGCGGGAGUGGGCGGAACAAGAGUCGUUUAAGAGGCUUGUCCAUCAUCUCCUCCUGCACGAUGCGCAGUCGUCCUUGAUGCUCAACAUCAACCCUCUUAUUUCUUAUGCCGACCUGGAGCUGCCAUUCCCCAUGAUCCGCCCGUUGUGGGAGGCGAAGACGGCUGUAGAAUGGAGGGACAUCUACCUAGCCACUGCAUCCCCUGGCCCAGAGCGGCUGCCAUCGCUGGUCGAUGUCUUACGGGACAUGUCGCAGUGGCAAGGACGGAUCGACUACCAGCUGUCCGGCAGCGUCAUCCUCCACGGCAUGUCGGCUCUGAUCAACGAAUACCACCGCCUGAAGUUCAUCUCGCAAGGCGACUCAAAGCACUGGAACGCGCUGGUGAUCAACUCGCGACAGCAGGAACUGUCGCAGGUUCUGCAGCAUUUCCGAAUGAUCAGCUACGAGUGGGGCAACAUGCCCGGCCCCCAAAUCUCACUCAUCUAUGAAGUCAUCUCAAUGUUCCUCUUCAUGUCGCUGGAAGAACUGCAGCUCUUCGCAGGAAAAGAAGACAAGAAAGAAGCCCGCCGAGUGUACCACAGCGCGCUUCAAUGGAUAAACAGCGUCGACUCCCGCCGAGCCAUCUGGCACGCGGGCCAAGUAAUCCGCGCAGCGAAAUCCAUGGCUCCGGGGUCGCUGACGGGGUUCUUGGCCGUGGGAGUGUACUACGCUAGUCUCGCCUUUUGGUCGUAUAGCGUGGUCUCCAAGGCGCGUGACUCGAAGAUGGCGGCCGCCACCACGGCGAGUCCGAACUCGGAUUCCCAUUCGGCGUCGGCGAAUAACAACAGUAGCCUACGCGACCGAUACCCGAUGGUUUUCCUCGACGGCGAAGAAUCCACGGACGUGCACAAAUUCAUCUCGCUGGGCCGCGGAUGUCCAGCCCUGCAGGGAGUCCAUGGGCCCGCCGUCGUUGCUGAUCCAGGACGGGUGAUGGACGUGGCGCAGAGUCUCUUGCGCGCAGAUGCACCUCACGAUGCGCUCCCACCGCUGGUGCAAGGGUUGUGUCAGUUGAUGGACGACUUGGGAAGCGCGGCGCGAUCGAGUGUCGCCGCCGUCGCGUAAACCGAACAAAGUGGAAAUCAUGGAAGCCUGAAGCAACGAAGCCAUGGAAUUAAUGCGGCCCACGUUUUGUACUAUAGAUGAGAUUAGAUUAACUUUUCCGUUUGGAGCGAGGCUUUCGGGGCAAACCCACGGAUCUGGAAUUCUAGGCUCGCGGCGCUGAUUCUGUUUGCUAAGAGCCAAGACCCUCCGUCUCACGCAAUACGAGUCCCCUGCAGCCCUGAUUUGCCUGCCCGGAUCGUGGCCAA